AUGGACAGGAAAGUAGAGCAGCGCGUUUGCGUCAAACUUUGCGUGAAAUUGGGCAAAUCAUUCGUGGAAACUUUCCAAAUGCUUCAGGACGCUUUCGAUAAUGAAGUGCUGAGUCGUUCACGGUGUCAUGAGUGGUUCAAACGGUUCAAGGAAGGCAGAACUUCAACGACAGAUGACCCUCGUUCAGGAAGGCCUUCAACUUCAACUGACGAUGCUCAAGUGGCCAAACUGAAUGCCCUAGUGCGUUCCAAUCGACGUUUAACGAUUCGAGAGAUGGCAGAGGAGUGCCACAUCUCAUUUGGGUCAUGUCAGGAGAUCCUGACCGAAAAAAUUGGAGAUGAGAAGGGUUGCAGCCAAAUUCGUUCCACGUCUGAUGACAGGAUCAGAAAGCGCACCGCCUGGAGAUUUGUCAGGAGCUCUUGCAAAUGGCCAGUUCCGACGAAAACUUCUUGA